UAGGGAGCCUGAACCCGACCAGCGCCCCAGAGGGCACCCUGACAUGGCCGCCGAAGACCGGCUCCCGCGCCGCUGUCGGGACUCAGGAUGACGCAACCACGGCGGGUUGCAUCAGCCCGCACCCUCGCGCUUAGCCCGCCCCUCCGCCGCCUUUCCCCGGGCGCUGAUUGGGCCACGUUGGGCACUGACCUCUGUCUCAGCCAAUGGACGGCAGCCACAGAGAGCGCUAUCUGCGGAAUCCUGGCACGGGGCGCCCAUAAAAGGUACCCGAGACGGGGGCGCGUGUCCCAAAGACACCAAGUGUCGUUGUGGGGUCGCAGACGGCUGCGUCGCCGCCCGUUCGGCAUCCCUGAGCGCAGUCGAGCCUCCAGCGCCGCAGACAUGGAGCCCGAGCCACAGCCCGAGCCGGUCACGCUGCUGGUGAAGAGCCCCAAUCAGCGCCACCGCGACUUGGAGCUGAGUGGCGACCGCGGUUGGAGUGUGAGUCGCCUCAAGGCCCACCUGAGCCGAGUCUACCCCGAACGCCCGCGCCCAGAGGACCAGAGGUUAAUUUAUUCUGGGAAGCUGCUGUUGGAUCACCAAUGUCUCCAAGACUUGCUUCCAAAGCAGGAAAAGCGACAUGUUUUGCACCUCGUGUGCAAUGUGAGGAGUCCCUCAAAAAAGCCAGAAGCCAGCACAAAGAGUGCUGAGUCCACAGAGCAGCCGGACAACACUAGUCAGGCACAGUAUCCUGGGGAUUCUUCAAGCGAUGGCUUACGGGAAAGGGAAGUCCUUCGGAACCUCCCUCCCUCCGGAUGGGAGAACGUCUCUAGGCCUGAAGCCGUCCAGCAGACUUUCCAAGGCCUCGGACCCGGCUUCUCUGGCUACACCACCUAUGGGUGGCUGCAGCUCUCCUGGUUCCAGCAGAUCUAUGCAAGACAGUACUACAUGCAGUACUUGGCUGCCACUGCUGCUUCAGGAGCUUUUGGCCCUACACCAAGUGCACAAGAAAUACCUGUGGUCUCUACACCGGCUCCCACCCCUAUACACAACCAGUUUCCGGCAGAAAACCAGCCGGCCAAUCAGAAUGCAGCCGCUCAAGCGGUUGUUAAUCCCGGAGCCAAUCAGAAUUUGCGGAUGAAUGCACAAGGCGGCCCUCUGGUGGAAGAAGAUGACGAGAUAAACCGAGACUGGUUGGAUUGGACCUACUCAGCAGCGACAUUUUCCGUUUUCCUCAGCAUUCUUUACUUCUACUCCUCCCUGAGCAGAUUCCUCAUGGUCAUGGGCGCCACCGUAGUCAUGUACCUGCACCACGUCGGGUGGUUUCCAUUCAGACAGAGGCCAGUUCAGAACUUCCCGGAUGACGGUCCUCCUCAGGAAGCUGCCAACCAGGACCCCAACAAUAACCUCCAGGGAGGUAUGGACCCUGAAAUGGAAGACCCCAACCGCCUCCCCGCAGGCCGUGAAGUGCUGGACCCUGAGCACACCAGCCCCUCGUUCAUGAGCACAGCAUGGCUCGUCUUCAAGACUUUCUUUGCCUCUCUCCUUCCGGAAGGCCCACCAGCCCUAGCAAACUGAUGGCCCCUGUGCUCUGUUGCUGGAGGCUUUCACAGCUUGGACUGGCUCGUCCCCUGGCGUGGACUCGAGAGAGUCACUGAAAACCCACAGGAUGACGAUGUGCUUCUGUGCCAAGCAAAAGCACAAACUAAGACAUGAAGCCGUGGUACAAACUGAACAGGGCCCCUCAUGUCGUUAUUCUGAAGAGCUUUAAUGUAUACUGUAUGUAGUCUCAUAGGCACUGUAAACAGAAGGCCCAGGGUCGCAUGUUCUGCCUGAGCACCUCCCCAGACGUGUGUGCAUGUGUGCCGUACAUGGAAGUCAUAGACGUGUGUGCAUGUGUGCUCUACAUGGAAGUCAUAGAUGCAGAAACGGUUCUGCUGGUUCGAUUUGAUUCCUGUUGGAAUGUUGCAAUUACACUAAGUGUACUACUUUAUAUAAUCAGUGACUUGCUAGACAUGUUAGCAGGACUUUUCUAGGAGAGACUUAUUGUAUCAUUGCUUUUUAAAACGCAGUGCUUACUUACUGAGGGCGGCGACUUGGCACAGGUAAAGCCUUUGCCGGGUUUUCUGUUCAAUAAAGUUUUGCUAUGAACGACUGUG